ACUUUUCGAAAAAUCUCGUUUUCCCCUUCGUCUCCUCCUUUCCUGCACCCGCCGCACCGCACUCUCCCCUCGUAUGGAAUAAAACCCUCCUCCGCCCGUUUUCCACCGCCCGCCCGCCGCCGCCCGGCGGCACCAACCAUGCCGAACGGCCCGAUAAUCAUCGACCGGGCCCAAAUGCCCCUCGACUCGCCGCCGGCGGAGGUCGAGAUCAUCGCCUCCUCCUCUCCGCGUGUGACGCCGCAGCCCCCUGCGGCGAGCGAUGGCGCUUCCGACGGUGGUGAGGGGGAUCCGGAUGAGUUCAAGAGAUUCACUGAUGAAAAACUGGAGGAAAGGAUCAAGCACUGGAGCGGUAACCCGACCCUAUCCGUACCUGACGGCGGCGAGAAGAUGCGUAAGUUCCUCUGCAGGAUGAAGAAAGAGCUUGAUCGCCGCCGCGCUGCCGGGCCGAGGAAGGUUGACACGGGUCGGAGACAGUCAGCGCAGACACCCAGUGGGGAUGAUCCCUACACCUUCAAGGAAAGUGACCAUAUCAACUGCAGCAGGUUUUCUGAUAAAUGGCAUUGCCAUGGCAAGGGCGAAGCAGCAUUCGCUGAUGAGCUAGGCCAUUUUAACACAAGCAAACGUGCUUCCCAAGUGAAAGAUCGGAAAAGAGCAACGAACACAGUGAAUCAUCAACCAAAAAGGCGUAGAGUUUCUCAAAAUAUUGCUGACAAGAAACAUUUAGAUACAAAUGGUAGGAAGUUAGGUAUGAAGAUCUGUACAGAAGAUCAACAGAAAAAUAACUCUGUUGAGCCAAAGGGCAUGUCCACUAAACUACGCACAGAAGAUCGCACUUCUGGGAGUUCGACCAAGAGGUGGGACCAUUCCAAGAAUCAUACCUACCAAUACCGGAGGUUAAAUAGAAGAAACGAAAAGAAGGAAGUAGUUCUCUUGGAUGACGAGGAUACAGAACUCUUGGAUGACGAGGAUACAGAACCUUCUAAAUCAGUUGAUGUCGAGAUUGUUAAUAUAUGGGACAAAUCACAGAUCUACUAUCCGUCGAGGACUGAUCCGGAAACUGUCGAGCUGACAUAUUCUGACAUAAAAUGUCUUGACCCCGAAGUUUUUUUAAAAUCACCUGUCAUAAACUUUUACAUCCAGUACCUAAGAAAAUCCAGGCCUUGUGACGACUUGUACAUCUUCAAUACAUAUUUCUAUAGCAAACUUGAAGAAGCGUUAUCCAGGACGGGUGAGUGUGGCUCGCAGUUUAGCAAGUUAAGGCGAUGGUGGAGAAGUGUAGAUAUUUUUAAGACACCAUACCUCCUUUUGCCAAUUCAUGGACAGGUGCAUUGGAGCUUGGUCAUUAUCUUCAUGCCCGCAAAAGAGAUAAAAUCUGGGCCAAGGGUGUUUCACUUGGACUCUCUAGGACUACAUUCCAGUGACAAGGUUUUUGGCGUGAUUGAGAGCUAUCUCAUAGAAGAAUGGCGCCAUCUACAGAAGGAUUCUUCUUAUGAUAUUCCUUUUUCAGACACAAUAUGGAGACAUCUUUCAAGAAAUAUACAUAAGGAAAAAAUCGAGGUGCCCCAGCAGCAAAAUGACUUUGAUUGCGGUGUCUUUAUGCUUUACUACAUCGAUAAGUUUAUUCAAGAGGCACCAGAUGAUUUGACAGGAGUGCGGCCUUGCAAGUUUGGACGCAAGUGGUUCAGCCCUGUAGAAGCUUCGGGGCUGCGGAAGCGAAUACGAGUUCUGCUGAUCGAUAUAUUUCAGAACGCUCCACCUAGUGAUAGAAAUUUAGUGUCACAUGCCGAUGAUGACUCGGAAGAUGAAGAAGAUAAGGGCAAGGACACAAUCGUGAUCGUGUGAAUGCAACGACGAAUGAAUGAAGUCAAGCAAUGCAAAGAUCAUGGUGCAGUUUUGCAUGAGAACACCGUCUGGCUGCAUAUUGGCUGUAGGUGCGAUGAUACAGCCAAGGUCACAAUAGUCGUGACAUUUCAUAUGUGGACCAGUGUAUAUGUUGUUUUGCGGACAAAGUUCCAAAGAUAUAACAAUACAGCAAAGCAGACACACAUAUAUCA